CAUAUCUCUAUCUCCCCACCGCCCCCCACCACCUCCCCCGCUGUGCCGGGAAGAUGGCCCGGGGGGCCGUACGCUGACAGGAUGUGGCGUUUCCCCCUGAAGAAGAUCCGCAAACAGCUGAAGCUGCUGCUGCUCCUGGUGCUGCUCACCUUUGGCAUCUGGUUCACGUACCUGCACAUGGCGGUGCUGAAGGGCGGGCGGGCCCUCCGUCUGCACUUCCCCCACACUCGCGAUGCGGAGAAGCCGAGCGAUGCCACUGAUCCCGGCCGGAGCGGGGGCUCAUUCCGAGGGGGGUCGCACCCGAGGGUGCCACGUGACCCCAAUGACAGCCAGGAGGACGAGCAGAUGACCGAUGACCUGAGCAAGUACGACAAGACGUUCCCUGACGGGACAGGCGGGCGACUGAGACUACCUUUGAACCUGACCCAGAUAAGUUCACAGUGGAAACCAGAGUACAGAGGCCAGGUCAACCUCCACGUCUUCGAGGAUUGGUGUGGCGCCUCCAUUAAUCAGCUUCGGAAGAACAUCCACUUCCCCCUGUAUCCUCACACUCGGACCUCUGUGAAUAAAAUCGCUGUGGCUCCGAAAUGGAAAAACUACGGGCUUCGGAUAUUUGGCUACAUUCAUCCUUACAAAGAUGGCGAUUUCCAGUUUGCGAUAGCAUCUGACGAUAACUCUGAGCUAUGGCUGAGUCCGGAUGAGGUGCCUGCGAAUGCCAGACUAUUGGUCCGAGUGGGCAAGCUCGGCACGGAAUGGGCAGCUCCCGGCGAGUUUACCAAGUUCCGGUCCCAGGUCUCCAACCCGAUCCAUAUGAUCGCCACAAAGAGGUACUACUUCGAGGCCCUUCACAAGCAGGACGACAAGGGAUCGGAUCACGUGGAAGUCGGGUGGCGGCUGUUUCUGCCAGGGCUGAAGUUCGAGGUGAUCGAUUCUCUGCACAUUUCUCUCUAUGCAGAUGAAUCGUCUCUCAAGAUGAACCGGGUGGAUCACAUCCCGCAGACGCUGGCCAGCCACUCGGGAGGUCGCCUGAUGCUACAGAGGGAGCUGCACGCAGCAGACAUGCUCAAACCAGACCCCAGGGACACUUUCUUCCUCACUCCUGCGAUCGCCCCCUCCCGGAUUGCUAACCUUCUCCCCCCGUGCUCGUACCUGCCAACCUACGUGGUGAAGGAUUUUCCCAUCGCCCGCUACCAGGGGCUGCAGUUUGUCUAUCUCUCCUUUGUUUAUCCCAACGACUUCACCCGCCUCACUCACAUGGAGACAGAGAACAAAUGCUUUUACCGGGAGAGUCCCAUGUAUUUGGAAAGGUUCGGAUUCUACAAGUACAUGAAGAUGGACGAGGAGGAGAACCGGCCAUUCUGGUUUGAUAACCCAGAGGAUUUCCCCGAAGAGGCCGAAGGUAUUGACAUGGACCCAGUGACGGGCCGUGACCGCGGUCAUUUGCCGAGGAGGAAGGCCAUCAGUGCCGGUCAGCGUGCGAACAACAACCAGGCCCUGGGGCCUCCGGUCACUAGGAGGAAGGUCCCGCCACCACGGCCGGCCAAGGAGGACAGAUAUACCGAGGACCCCCCCGGUGGGAAGAGGAAGGUGACGGCGGAGGGGCUGCAGCGUAAGGCCUCCAGUCCGGUCGCUCCGGGCAGCUCCCCAACAGUGGGGGGGUUCGGUGAGGCCGAGGGCAGGCGUGGACGCUCGCUGGCUUGGGCCAAGCUCAGACCCGGGGAGCUGAGCAGGAGGCCAGGCCGGGCUGGGAGGAGCCUGCAGCCCCGGCUCUCUGUCCCGGUCGUGCCCGGCAAAGCCAAGAGCCUCCUGAGCAAAGCCGCUCAUCGUCGGGCAGCCGGGCCUAAGAGGCCGGCGGGUGGAAAAGAGGUACGUGACCCCACCACCAGGCCUCCCGAGCGGAUGAGGGCCAGGGUGAGAACCAGGGUGAGGGAGAGGUUGCUCUCCCCCGGCGUGCACCCGGACAAGCGGACUAGGCCGAGCACGAGGAGGAUGGAGGAGAAGAAGAGACCGGGCCUAGGUCACAAGGCCCCCCCGCUCGGCAGUGAAACCUUGGAGGCUGAGGAGGGCAGGAGGAGGCGGCAGGACAAGCACCGGGGCCCCGGGGCAGGGAGAGAGGCCAAGCUGGAAGGCUCUGAACGGAGGGUCGAGCAGCCUAGCAGGGACAGAGCCUCAGUGAGCCCACGAGGGAGCAAGCCCACGCGGGGCUCUGAGCGGUACAGCCUGGCCUACUGGAAAGCCGGAGAGCCCGGGAGGCCCGUCGAGCCCACAGGGGGGGAGGAGGAGGAGGAGGGGGUCCCAGACUACAGCUACGAGGACACCGAGCCCCGGCCCCCAUGGGCUGAGGAGGCCGUGAAUUGGCAGCGGACCUUCAGCGUGGGCUCCGUGGACUUCGAGUUGCUGCGCUCGGACUGGAACGACCUGCGCUGCAACGUGUCGGGGAACCUGCAGCUGGCGGAGAGCGAGGUGGUGGAGGUGCUGGCGCAGUACAUGGAGAGGCUGAAUGCCAGGAGCGGAGGGAUGUACACACUCCUACGGAUCAUUAACAUGGAGAAGCGCAGAGACUCUGCUCGGGGUAACAGGUACCUGAUCGAGGUGGAGCUGAUGGAGAGGGGGCAGCGGGUGGUGAGGGUCUCACAGUACAUCUACCUGUUGCUGCACAGAACAAAGCAGGACGAGGGCAUCGAGGCCAACCAGGGGACCCCGGAGUUUGAAGUGAAGGAGCCCAGUGCACCCAGCGUCCCGUACAGCAAACCCGUCCUCUGCCAGCCCAUCGGGCUCCAAUGGAGAGAUGACGUCAUGGUCCACUUUGUGGUUCCAGUGAAGAACCAGGCACGGUGGGUGCAGCAGUUCAUUACGGAUAUGGAGCACCUUUAUAAAGCAACCAAGGACGAAAGCUUCAACAUCAUCAUCAUCGACUUCGAGAGCGGAGACAUGGACGUGGAGCAGGCUUUGAAGGCGAGCAGUGUCCCUCGUUACCAGUACCUGAAACGUUCGGGGAGCUUUGAGCGAUCGGCCGGACUUCAGGCUGGAGCAGAUCUGAUAGAGGACAGUCACACCAUCCUCUUCCUGUGUGACCUGCACAUCCACUUCCCCAUCAGCAUCCUGGACAACAUCAGGAAGCAUUGUCUCGAGGGCAGGUUGGCGUACGCUCCCAUUGUCAUGCGGCUGGGCUGCGGCAGCUCUCCCAGCGAGCCUGACGGAUACUGGGAGGUAAACGGUUUCGGACUCUUCGGAAUCUUCAAAAGUGAUUUCGAUAAGGUGGGAGGGAUGAACACUGAGGAAUUCCGGGAUCGAUGGGGCGGAGAAGACUGGGAGCUGCUGGACAGGGUGCUGCAGAGCGGGCUGGAGGUCGAGCGUUUGCGGCUACGGAAUUUCUACCAUUACUACCACUCCAAGCGGGGGAUGUGGGACUCCCAGACAACGGACACCACCAAGGGGGCCAGCGAGCGCUGAGGGCAGGCAGGCGGAUUGGCCCUCCCUCCCUCCUCCGUCCGACUUAACCGUCAAAACCAGCUGGAGUGCAA